AUGUCUGCCUCAAAAGCCCCCGAGGGCGCCACACCCGCCGCUGCCUCGAAUGUGCCGGUCUCCAUUGUAUGCGUGGGUAUGGCAGGCAGUGGAAAGACGACAUUUAUGCAACGACUUAUCUCCCACCUCUACACCCACCCCGACCCCACGACGAGCGAGCCAUCAGUAUCCAAGAAACCUCCAACCCCGCCCUACAUUAUCAACCUCGACCCCGCCGUCCACCAUGUUCCCUUCACGCCCAAUAUCGACAUUCGCGAUAGUGUCAACUACAAAGAGGUCAUGAAGCAGUUCAAUUUGGGUCCCAACGGCGGCAUCCUGACAAGUUUGAACUUGUUCAGCACAAAAAUUGACCAGGUCAUUGGUCUACUAGAAAAGCGAACACAACCGCCGCCGCCUGCAAAAGAGCCGGAGCCUAGCACUGUAGAAUUCAUGACAAGCGGAGGAAAGGAUAAACAGGCGGCUCCAGUUCAGCAAGCGCAGGUCAAGCAUAUCCUGGUUGACACACCAGGUCAGAUUGAAGUCUUUGUCUGGUCGGCCAGCGGAGAGAUUCUUCUUUCGAGUUUAGCCAGCACAUUCCCCACAGUGAUUGCCUACAUUAUCGACACGCCACGCACAACUAGCACAAGCACUUUCAUGUCCAACAUGUUAUAUGCCUGCUCGAUUCUCUACAAGACAAAACUACCCAUGAUCCUGGUGUUCAAUAAGACCGAUGCACAGGACGCCCAGUUUGCUAAAGACUGGAUGACGGACUUUGAGGCGUUUCAGACUGCCCUCCGAAAUGAAGAGGAAGGCGGCACUUUUGGUGGCGAUGGCAUAGGCGGAGGCAGCGGAUACAUGGGCAGCCUGCUGAACAGCAUGUCGCUCGUGCUUGAAGAAUUCUACAAGCACCUUAGCGUUGUCGGCGUCAGCGCUAUGACUGGAGAAGGCAUAGACGAGUUUUUCAAGGGCGUUGAGGAAAAGAAGGCGGAAUUCGAGCGGGAUUAUAAGCCCGAGCUUGAGCGAAGAAGAGUGGAGAGAGAGCAAGAAAAGAAGGCGUCGCGUCAGCGCGAACUAGACAAGAUGAUGAAAGACAUGAAGGUUGGCGGCGCCGGCACUAAGCCAAAGCCUCGGCCGCGCAAAGAAGAGCCGCAAACUGUCAGCGACGCGGAAGACUCGGAGGACGACGCCAUGGCCCACGACGAGCUAGACUACGAAGACGAAAUGGACUCGGAUGACCCGGAGUCGGGCAUCAAGGAGCGCUACAGACAAGCGGUGCAGGACCGUGGUCUCGAUCAAGGCGAAGACCACAGUUUUGCGCGUUAUGUUAACAUGGCCAAGUUUAGCUGA